ACUGUCUGAAGUAUUGUCUCGCUUUGUGUAGAUAUCUGCUAAGAAAUUGGACAGUUUGGAACCCGUACGAUUACAAACAAGCAGUAAAAGCGAUUUUGAACUGAACGAAAAAAAAAUAGAAAAAAAUAAUGAAUAAAUAAGUAAAUAGAUAAAAGAUGGAAAGACAAAAGAUAGAGUUAAUUUGAAAACACAAUGCGAAAAGGCGAGUUGCCAUGGAAAGGUAGGCAUUGUCCGUUUCAUAACCGUCACCAGGCCAUGCAAUGUUAAUCUAGUUAGAAUGCAUGCACAUAUAACGUUAUGCUUAUGAAAUAAAACUGAACUUGGUCGAUGACACAAGAGCAACCAAAAAUAUCACAGACACAGAAUCAAUCCAGUCUCAGUUGUCAAAUAGUUACAACAACCGACUGGAUUUGCAUUAAGAUCAUUAAAACAAUAUAAUAAGACCAGGUGUUCCGGAAGGGUACGCGUCUUCCGCUUCAUAGACGACAUCCGCCAUAUAAAUCUAGGUCUCCCCAGGGUUACGUCACAUUCACAAAAAGAUAAUAAGGAUGGCUACAAUGGAAACAAUGGGCAUAUCAAUUAGCACUAAACUCCUUUUACUGCAUUAUCAAUAUGAUUUACAUAUCAGAAUAUGUAAUCGUGAUUUUUUCUUACUUUUUCAGAUAAAUACCCAAUCUGCCAACGGUACUGAUGAAGUGUAUCUACAGGGAUUAUCAGGAUGCCCUCUACACCUCUACCAAAUAAUGUUCGAACCCGUGUGUGUGAAAAAUUGUCCACCGGAUGUACCUCUAACAUUCCAUAACUUAUGUCUGCCAUUUUGUCCAUAUGGAUAUCAAUACAAUAACAACAACACCUGUAGGACAGAGUACCCCGAAGUGAACUCCUCUGACCUAUGUCACGUGACAGCAUGUCCCAUCGAUACGCCGUUGUGUUACAACAAACAAUGUAUGUCCAAGUGUCCGAAUGGAACUUUCUCCGAUGAUGGAAAUUGUUUUCAUAAUUGCUCUAAUACUAACCCGUAUGUUUCCCAACACUCCUGUGUAUCGUCAUGUCCUCAUGAUCAACCAUAUGACGAAGACGGAUACUGUGUUUCAGCAUGCGCAUCAGACUACUUCCUGUAUGACCGGAAGUGUUUAAAGUCGUGUCCCGAAGAGACAUUCCAGCAUAACUUUACCUGUGUUGAUGAAUGUCCAACCGAGGCCCCAAAGUCUAUUACAGUCUGGAACGUUACACUCUGUAUCACCACCUGUCCCAGAUUUACAACCGUCAGUGGGAAUCACUGUGAAUUAGCGUGUCUGAACGGGCGGGAAUAUUUGUGGAAUGGUUCGUGCGUUAGUAAAUGUCCCGGAGCAGCUCCAUACACAUAUGAUUUAUCGGGAAGUAUUCCGCCAUACAAACUAACAAUAUGUACUGAAAGGUGCCCAACCUAUUCCUACCUACAAGGCAACCAAUGUGCACCCAACUGUACAUUUACAACAUAUCAAAUUAACUCUACGUGUGUAUCUGAAUGUCCGGAAACACAUCAGUAUUUGGUCGGUAAGUGGCCUCCUUUCCAGUGUGUUACAGUGUGUAGACCUCCUCAGAUACCAGAUAUAAACCACUGUGUCGAUGUUUGUCCAGCUGACCGGUAUGUCUUUAACCAUACAUGCAUGGAAGGAUGUCCGGAGUCACACUCCUUCAAAGUAAACCAGACGUGUUUUUCCCAAUGUCCAGCUCCAAUGGUAGUUUAUGAUGGGACUUGUCAGCUCGCAUGUCCUGACGAUUCCAUGUACGUAAACAACGGUCAAUGUGAGUGUCCAGCCUCGCGUCCAUUUCAUCAUCAAACUCGGACAGGUCAUGUGGAAUGUCAGACCACUGCAGUUUGUCCAGAAGGAACGUUCUCGUGGAAUAAUAAAUGUUUAUAUCAGUGCCCGGAUAAUACCUACACCUAUGUUGGUAAUGCCACGUGUUUAGAAGAAUGUCCUUUUUCUCAUCAGUUUAAAUAUCGUAGUGACUACGGCCGAUCGUUACUAGCGUAUGAAUGUGUUUCAGAAUGUCCAGAGAAUACGUUUAUGAAGGACGAGUUUUGUUAUGACUUCUGUGACGCUCCAUAUGUUGGUUUCCUAGGUAACUAUACUUGUAUGGAAAAAUGUCCCGACUCUCAUAAAUGGCGUUCUGCUACCACCACGAUAACCAACCAGUUAGUUUUCACAUGCGCGGCUAACUGUUCCGCACCGCGGUUAAUUGAUGAUGACCAGUGUCUCUUAGGAUGUCCGGCCUCAAAACCAUUUGCUGUGAAUCAAACGUGUUUAAAACAAUGUCCGGACAAUUUAAGUUUAAUUACACCGUUAGACAGUGGCAGGACAUGUUCAGAGACAUGUCCCGAUGAACACAUACAGGAUAACGAUACCUGUGUAUUGAGAUGUUCUCCAGGUAAAGUCAUAAUUGAUAGCGUAUGUGUUGAUGUCAAAUACUGUGUCAACGAAUACCAAUAUAUCGAGUAUUCACAACAUGGAACCAUAUGCCGGAAGCGGUGUUUGGAAAACCAGUUCAUUAAUAAUAUCCGGUGUGUGACGUCAUGUCCGUUAUUUUCCGCCGGACAAUACUGUGUGGAUAAGUGUCCAAGUUUCCAAAGAUUUACACGAGAAAAAAAUGUAUCGGACGUUCACGCUGACAAAAAAUGUUACGAAGAAUGUCCAAGAAAAACAUACACUAACGGCACAAAAUGUAUAGACAUUGAUUGUCCAAUUAAAUAUCUAGCUGACUCUCGAGAAUGUGUUCCAGCGUGUACCACGUCCCAUCCAUAUUUACAGGAAGAGGUCAUGUGCGUAGGUAGAUGUCCGGACGGUUAUGUAAUAGACACGGAUAACAGCUGUAUAAAGGAGAGGCAUUGUCUCCGGGAGAGGGGACGUUUUGUAUAUGAUGAACACUGUGUAAGUUCCUGUCCCCCCGGGACGUUCGUUAAUUACAUAAACAACAGCUGUAUAUUAACCAGUGUAGUGUACUUGUUGGUAGUAGCUGCAGUAUUAGGGACGAUUUCUGCGACUGCGGGACUGGUGUGGUUCUAUUACCACAGAAAGAGAAAGAAUUGCAAGACAUGUUUCUCCAAGAUGCAGGAGAGAUGUAACGGCGAUACCCCCCUAUUGACGGAAGACACACUCUCAGAAGGAUAUGCAAUGGCGGAUAUGGUCAACGACCCCCCAAGUUUGACCAGUGUGGUUUUAUGAUCGAAAUGUCGGGCCAGAAUCAGUUAUCGGUGUCAAAGGUUUGGAAGCUUCUAAAAUCUAUUAUUGAUAUAGAAUUGGUUAGACUGGCCUACACCUGGCAGUGUAUCAGCCUCGACAGCAGUAAGACGCAGUCAUCAGCGGUCUAUAUUUGGCGAGCUCGAAGGAUGAUCAGUGGUACGGCUGGUAAUAGCAGAGAGGAGAAGCUUCUCGGCCAAUUCCGGAGAGGCUCCUAAUCAAAGGUUUGAAUCUCGGCCAAUUCCGGAGAGGCUCUUAAUCAAAGGUUUGAAUAUCGGCCAAUCCGUCAAAGCUUUGGAUCAAAUCUGAAGCUCAGACAAUUCCAUCAAAUCUCUGGAUUAAAUGUUUGAAUCUCGUCUGAUUCCGUUAAGGCUCGGAAUCAAAGGUUUGAUUCCGGGAAUAGACUCAUAUCAUGCUGCCCCAUUUUACCUUUUUAUUGUUAGUCGACAGCACUCUGUUUCAUCAAAUGAUUUUCCUCCAAUAUUUCAAGGUUAAUACACGUUGUAUAUCAUUUUUGUUAUACUGUACCAUUCUUCAUUUAUAUCAUUUUUGUUAUACUGUAUCAUUCUUCAUGUA